CCCCCCCCCCCCUAAGCCGAAUCUGUUGUUUUUAAUUUUACAUCGUGUGCGACCACACACGCAAAUCCAAAUGAAUGCGAUCCUCAGGAACUGACCAUUAGGAACCGGUAUCGAAUUAACGUGAUCCCUUCAGGCCCUUGCGAAGGACCCUUGCUUCCCCCUGAAUGCCUCGAUUUUUAAGCUAGACGCCUCUUCUCCCCCAAGGCAAACGGUCUGCUCCUUUUCGCUGCACUAGCUUGCACUAGUUCUCUUUCUCCCACCAACUGUAUGUCUCAACUGUAUAUCCACCUCUUUCUAAGUUCCACAAGCGCGCACUAGUGCAGAGGAAAAGAACAGGUCUAAAGCGUAAUGGGCCAAGUGUCCGUUGGUGAUAACACGUGAUCCGAGGCCAGUAACGAGACGCGUUCGGGGCGGCCGUUCGAUGCGGACGCUCAGUAUCCGCGCAGACGUCGUCGCGGCCGGUCUUGUUUCCUCUUUCAUUCCCGUUCGCGACGUGUGUUUGUGCAUGUGUGCGAGAGGAGCCGUGAGUACGAGCGAGCGCAAACGGAACGUGUGUGACGAGAGUUGUAAGCGGCGUGAAGUGACUGCGGGCGGCGAGUCGAAGGCGCCGAUCAGACUCUCCUGGCCUGUCGAAGUCCGCGCUAAGUCUUGUAUAGUACGAGUGGUCAAUGCAAAAGUGCCAAGGAAGUACUCGAAGAUAAGACUCAAGAGGCGGCAGAUGGUCGUGCGAAUAUCGAUGCAGUAGCCUCGGUAUCUAGGAUUUCUUUCUGUAAGAAUCAACGGGGGAUCGAUCGUGACGAUCAGUGAUAUCGGAAAAAGUUGUACAGAACAGUGAUAAGAGUGUGAAGUGCCUGUUUCGAAUUAAUCGCGAACGCGCGACCGGAAUCCGAAUCUAACGGAGAGCGUAGCUCGAUCGUGGAAAUUUAAAGAAGCAUUAAAAGGACAUAAAAAGGAGCAAUCUUCGUCGUCGUUCGUGACUACGUUAGCUUCCGUGUGUGUGCCUCUGAUGAAUGAAGCAAGGAAGCAAAUCGAAAUCGUGAGAUCAAAGCAGUGAGAUUUCUUAUUCACGAGGAAGAAUCGAUCGUGCGGCGGACGGAGGUGCAGCGACGUACACCACUUGAUAUUUAAUUAUCGUGCAUCCGAUCCGUUAAUCGAUCGCUCAAUCGUACUAGAGUGAUAGUUUGUGACGAGUUAAUGCCGCGCGUAAGGACCGAUGGACGCAACGAAAACGAAAUCGAAGCCGAACCCGAGGGAGGAUGCGAACAUCGUGUCGGUGUUACUAUGGUGGUGGACUAUCAGUCUAUUCAAGACAGGAUACCAGAAGCAUCUCGAAACAGAUGACUUGUACGAUCCCCUGAAGGUCGACCGAUCGAGUUUUCUCGGUGACCGAUUAGAAAAACGAUGGAGGAUCGAGCUGGAAAAUUCGAAGAGACGGAAUCGUCGGCCGAGCUUGCUGAGAACCAUCUUCCGCACAUUCCGAUGGGAAUACUCCAUGCUGGGGUUGGUGCAGAUUCUUAACGAAUUCAUUCUAAGAUUAGGCACACCGUUGCUGUUGGGAGGUCUCCUGCGCUACUUCCGCAAGGAUGACGCGCUGCCGUACGAAAUUGCCUUGUGUUACGCGGCUGGGAUUUGCGUGGCGACCGCCGUAAACGUGUUAAGCGGCAAUCAGACGAUCUUCGGUGCAUUCCAUGUAGGCGCGAAAGUUCGUGUCGCCGUCUGCUCCUUGGUCUACAGAAAGGCGCUACGUCUGAGCAAAACUGCGUUGGGAGAGACGGCGCCAGGAAAAAUAGUCAAUCUCGUGGCCAACGAUGUCAAUAGAUUUGAUCUCGUCAGCAUCUUCAUUCAUCACAUGUGGUCGGCUCCUUUAUCCGCCCUAGUCGUGGCGUACAUCCUCUACACGGAAGUCGGAUACGCCGGUCUCAUCGGUAUCGCCGCGAUUUUUGUAGUCGUGCCGAUUCAAUCUUACACCGGCAAGCUCUCGUCGAAGUUCCGGCUGCAGACCGCCAUCAAGACCGACGAGAGGGUCCGGCUGAUGGACGAGAUCAUCUCGGGGGUGCAGGUGAUCAAGAUGUACGCCUGGGAGAAGCCGUUCUGCGCUUUGGUCGCGCUGGCGCGCAAGCUGGAGCUGCGUGUGGUCACCAAGAGCUCGUAUAUCCGCGGUAUCUACAUGACCUUCAACCUCUUCAACACCCGAAUGGCGCUUUACUGCACUCUCAUCUCCAUGUUACUGUUUGGCCACGGGCUCUCUGCCGAGAAGGUCUUCGUCAUCUCGUCUUACUUCAACGUCCUCGCGCACACUAUGUGUGGCAUGUUCGUGCGGGGCUUCGCCGAGCUGGCUGAGUGCAUGGUGGCGAUUCGCAGGCUCCAGCACUUCCUCAUGUACGACGAGUUCCAAGGCAGCAAUGUCGUGGUCUCGAAGAUGUUGUCCAGCAGCUACAACGGCGGAAUCAAUGAGUACAGGUCGAUUUCGAACAAAGCAUCCAGACAGGAUCUGCCUUACAUCGACGACGAGGUGAGCAGCCAUGAGGUCCGCGACGACGCCGACUCGAGGAAGCAGAAUGGGCUGGUGAUGGUCGCUAGCGACUUGCUGAAGAACACCGCCAGCAUUAUAGAGGAGAACAGGCGGUCCUCCAUGCACGAGGAAAACUGGGCCGUGAAAAUGACCAACGUCAUUGCCAAAUGGGAGGUCAGCCAGUCGGAGAACACGUUAGAUGUGAGGCUGCAGCUGGAAAAAGGCAAAUUGUACGGAGUGAUCGGUAUGGUGGGUAGCGGCAAAAGUUCAUUACUGUCCGCAAUUUUGGGUGAGAUCACGCUCGUGGAGGGCAAGGUGAAGGUAAACGGUAACAUGAGCUACGCUAGUCAGGAAGCCUGGGUAUUCGGUUCCACCGUCAAGCAGAACAUCCUCUUUGGGCAAGAAUACGACAAAUAUAAAUACCAGAAAGUGGUUAAGGCUUGCGCCCUGUGGAAGGAUUUCCAACAGUUUCCGAAGGGCGAUAUGACCAUCGUAGGUGAACGAGGUAGCUCGUUGUCCGGCGGUCAGAAAGCAAGGAUCAAUUUGGCCAGGGCUAUGUACAGAGAAGCGGAUAUCUACCUGCUGGACGAUCCCUUGAGCGCGGUCGACACACACGUGAGCAAACAUUUGUUCCAAGAAUGCAUACAGAAAUACUUGGCCAGGAAGACAAGAAUCUUGGCCACGCACCAGCUGCAGUACAUCAAGAAUGUGGACGGCAUAAUAUUGCUCGAGCAAGGAAAAGUGAAGUACUUCUCGCGCUAUGAAGAUCUGUUGGACUAUCGACCCGAAUACGGAGAACUUGUAUCGACUGGGAAGAGCAGCACCGAGAUAAGCGACGAUUCGUCCAUAGAAAAAAGUAUGAAGCGGCAAUUUUCCAGCACGAGUAACAGAAGUCGCACCCCGGAAGCCAGCAGUGGCGGCACAGAUGAUGAAGACGAAGAUGAAGAUGCUAAGAGGCUGGAGAGCGGCCUCGAAGAAACGUCACGCGGCAUGGUGAAGGGUUCCAUAUUUAUCAAGUUCUUUCAAACUGGUGCCAAUCUGUGUAUGGCUUUCAUCGUUUUGAUGAUGUUCAUCAUAACGCAAUUCGUCGUCAGCUUCAACGAUUACUUCGUGCCUAUCCUGAUCACCGUCGAGGAGAAUCGUCAAUAUUUAGCCAAGUAUCAAACCUACAACGAUACCGAUAACGACAGAGCAAAUGUGACGACUCUCGAGACGAACGAGUGGUCCAUGCACACGUACAUCUUCAUCUACACGGGUAUCGUGCUGGGCAUCUUCGUCAUCGGCAUCACCAGGUCCUUGUUCUUCUACAAGACAUGCAUGACAUGCAGCCAGCGGCUGCACGAUCUGAUGUUCAGCGCACUGAUACGUACAGGGAUGCGCUUCUUCGACACCAACCCGAGUGGCAGAAUUCUCAAUAGGUUCUCCAAAGACAUGGGUGCGAUCGAUGAGUUAUUACCUAAGGCGAUUUUGGACGCCGGCCAGUUGAACAUGUUGAUGCUCGGCGCGUUAAUAGUGACCUGCGUGGUCAAUCCGGUGUUUCUGGUACCCGUCGCGAUCAUCAGCUUUAUAUUCUACUGGAUCAGGAAGAUCUACCUCAAGACCAGCAAAAAUAUCAAGCGACUGGAAGGAAUCACACGGUCACCAGUAUUCACUCAUUUGAACGCCACUUUGAACGGGCUGACGACUAUCAGAGCAUACUGUGCCCAAGAUAUACUAAAACGAGAAUUCGACAAGUUGCAAGACCAACACACAUCCACCGCUUAUAUGUACGUCGUGACGAGCACGGCCUUUGGAUUUUCCCUCGACGUAUUUUGCUUCGUUUUCACCUCACUCGUCACCUUCAGCUUCCUACUACUGAACGAAUCAUUUUCCGGCGGCGCGGUGGGACUGGCCAUCACGCAGGUAAUGGCCGUGACCCAAAUCAUUCAAUGGGGCAUGCGACAAAGCGCAGAAGUGACGAACCAGAUGAUGGCGGUGGAGCGUGUACUCGAAUACAUUCAGCUUAAGCCGGAACCAAAUCUGAAGGAUCGCGGAAUAUGCCUGAAGUCGAAGGAAAAAGAGUACAUAGCAUUGCCAGCUCCUAUUCCAUCAAACUGGCCUGACAAAGGCUGCAUCAAGUUCAAAGACGUCUACAUGCGUUACGCGGACGACCAUCCACCUGUCCUCAAAGGAUUGAACCUAGUGAUUUGUCCUGGACAAAAGAUCGGCAUCGUGGGAAGAACGGGCGCAGGAAAAUCGUCGCUGAUAUCAGCGCUGUUCCGGUUGGCGCAAGUAGAAGGCGUCAUCGAGAUUGAUAACGUUAACACUGGUACGAUUGCCUUGGAUGAUCUGCGACGCAAAAUAUCCAUCAUCCCACAGGAUCCAGUUCUUUUCUCGGGUACUCUGAGACGCAACCUGGAUCCUUUCGACGAAUACCCCGACUAUGACUUGUGGGCAGUGCUCGAAGAGGUUGAGCUGAAGGAUGCAGUUGUCACCGUUGGAAACGGUUUGGAGAGCCGUGUGUUCGACCGUGGUAGCAAUUAUAGCGUCGGCCAAAGGCAGCUGGUCUGUUUAGCGAGAGCUAUCCUCAGGAACAAUCGUAUACUGAUGUUAGACGAAGCGACCGCGAAUGUAGACCCGCACACGGACGCGUUGAUUCAACGCACGAUCAGGAAGAGAUUCUCGACCUGCACGAUGCUCACAGUGGCGCACCGAUUGAACACCAUCAUGGACAGCGACAAGGUCUUAGUGAUGGAUAAGGGUCGACUAACUGAAUACGAUCACCCUCACAUACUACUACAAAACAGCCAUAGUCAAUUCACUUCAUUGGUAAAGGAGACCGGCCGAGCCAUGUUUGAUCAACUGGUUAAGAUAGCGAGGCAGUCUUAUUUCGACAAAUACGGAGAAACAUAACGAAGAGUGGCUGAAAUUAUGCACCGAAUUUCUACCAGCUAAGCUCUGCGAUUUUCCGCUUUGAUCUCUCGGAUAUAGCUGAGGCACAAGUGGACGGUUCGAUAUGUACUGAAUAUACAUUUGUAAUAAAUGAUGAAUACACACAUGGUGUGUUCAACAGAAAGAUGUAUGAUCGCGCGAACGCCGACGAGAAUCGAGCGACAAACGAUGAUCUUGAUAAUAAAUUAUUAUCGAUGCGCGAAAGUUCGUUAUCCGAAGGAACCUUAAAUUAAAAAUAAUUAAGCCUAGAUCGUUAUAGCGUUAUGAAAACGGCGCGAAAUGUAUUUCUCGCAUUUUCGUAAAUUCGAAAGUGGGUUGCGCGCCUUCCUUUGGAGACAUUUCGAAGAUCGAAAGACCCGAUAGCUUUGUUAAGUAUUAUGUACCGUGUGACGUUUAAGCGUACCUAAUGUAUAAGAGGAACUAUAUUUUUGUAUCGUGUUCAACGGAGCGCCAACGCGUUGCGAUAUCACUUGCAGUCUUGCAUCGGAACUUGUCAAAAGUACAACGCUGCUUGCGCACGCCGAGUAGCCGAGUACUUAUAUUUUUCUACUCCGUACUUUGCGCACUUCCGGAAGUCACAGGUGUACUUAUAAUAAUCCCUUGUGAUAGGACGGGCAUAUACCGUCUGAGCCGUUCCAAGCGAGAAUCGUGAGCUGAAUACGAUGAUAUGUAAAAUUAAUUUUUCAACGAGUCAUCUCGUCGAUUGCGAAGGAAGGUUUAUAGUUUUUACUUUGAACGUUACGAUUCAGCGCCUUGUUGCCAAGCUGCAGAUUUGCUGCGAGUUCUCAUCUGCAUCUCGUAACAGCAUAUUAGCGUAUCGGCGCUAUAAAUAAAAUGAUUUGUUAUUUGUAUGAAGAAAUCUGUUACUUCGCAAAGCCGCACAAGUCCGUCUCUUUAUAGAGAUUAAAAUUCCAAAGACACGUGAGCAUAAUCUCGCAAACUCUGCCAAUUACAUUAUUCAGCAAUAAUUAUCGAUAAUAAUUGUCGAUAAUAAUCAUGAUAUAAUAAUUAAAUGGAAUUUAUUAUUUUUAAUAACUGCAGCGAUUGCGAUUCAUCAUUUCUCCAUUGUUUCUUCCUUUUUAACGAAGAUGCCGAAAUUCCUACAAGCUACUUAUGUAGCUUAUUUUGUAUAGCGAUGAUCGAUCGAACGUACGAACAAAUACUCCAAGUCAGUUCGAAAGCAGCAUACUUAACGAAACAACACUUAAUUUUUGCUAUUAUAUACAGACGCGAGAAACGGAGAGAAACGGAGCUCAAUACCUUUUACUAGCAUUUAUUGAUGCAACUAUAUUAGCACAAUAAAAAUAUCGAAACAAAUAUCGAAGAAAGUAUAUGAUUAAGCGAUGUAUGUAAUGUACGUGUUAAGUAUUGUUAAUGGUAUAUAUAUGUAUAAAAAUACAAUAUAUUAUUUUAUACAGAAAAAUAUCACAAUGUGUAAAACACAUUACGUAUAUUAUUAACCCUUUUGCUUCGAGCGCCGCUUAUAAGCGGCGCGCACAGUAUGUCCUGUGGGUACGAGUGCCGCUUAUAAGCGGCGCGCAUAAUAUGUCUUGUGCGUACGAGCGCCGCUUAUAAGCGGCGGCCGCGCGAUGUGUCGUCUGCAGUAAGAAUGACAAAAGAUCCGACUCACGAUACGAGUGUAAAGAGUGUGAUGUUGGUUUAUGCGUAGAUCCGUGCUUCAGAAUUUAUCAUACUAACUUAUACUACUAAUCACUUUAUAUUAAUAUAUUAACUUGUUUGCGGACAAUAAUUAAUUAAAAUUUAAAUCUUACUAGUAACUUUUAAGUUGUAAAUAUUUUCAUACCAAAAAUGUAAAUAAUAAUCAUUAUAUAGUAACAAAGAUUGUUUUAUUUAGCAAAAUUGUUACUUAAGACCUAGGAAAACGUAUAUAAAGCAACAACGCAUAUUGUGCGUAUUCGCGGCGCGCGCGCCCGUACAGAGACAGUACUUCGGCGGACUGGACAUCCGAAGCGAAAGGGUUAAUCUCUCAAUGACAUCCGAUAGAAAUAAAAUGCGACAAUUGCGCAUUUCUCAGCCGGCAUGACAAGAAUUCCUAAAUAAUUUAAAGCCAAUUUUAUGAAAACG